AUGCCCCACACAUUCAUAGCUGUGGCUCCUCCCACUAACUCAAAGACCCUUAGCGAGGAUCAGCCCGCUCCUCCCAAAGAGUCGAAGAUCCUUGGCUCUGAUGAACAGCAAGAGUAUGUCACGGAGAUCUCAGAUGACCAGUCUUCCGGGACGAUCGUCAACUUCGAGAUCGGUACUACUCAUAGGCGUUUAGCAAGACGGCAGAUCGAGUUGAUUGCCAUUGGUGGAACAAUAGGUGUUUCACUUUUCGUUAAUAUAGGAACUUCCUUGAAACAAGGAGGACCCCUAUCUCUUCUUUUAGGUUUUUCGUUAUGGUGCAUUCCUAUUUUGGAAAUUACUGCAUGCUGCGCAGAGAUGGUUUGUUACUUGCCCAUCAAAGGAGCCCCUUUUUGCAUCUUUGCAGACCGAUUCGUAGACGAGGCAUUUGGAGUUAUGGCCUCGUGGAACUUUUGGGUGCUCGAAUGUGCUUUGAUUCCAUUUGAGCUGACGCUUUUCAAUACCUUGAUUCAUUAUUGGGUUGCGAAUUACUCUGCUGCAAUUCCGAUUUCCGUAGAGAUGGUUGUGUAUUUUCUCAUAAAUGUAGCAGCAGUCAGAUGGUAUGGAGAAGUGGAAUUCUGGCUCUGUAUGGGCAAAGUCUUGCUUGCCGUAGGACUCAUGUUCUUCACUUUCAUCACUAUGGUCGGUGGGAACCCAGAUCAUCAAGCCUUUGGCUUUCAUAACUGGAAGGAUAGUCCUGUUAUGCUCGAAUAUAUCGGUACAGGUGCUUUAGGUCGGUUCCAGGGCUUCCUAGCAUGUCUUAUUAGUGGUGCAUAUAUGAUAGCAGGACCCGAGUAUCUUAGUAUGGCUGCUGGAGAGACAAUCAAUCCAAGAAGAGUUUUACCAGGUGCAUUUAAAGGAGUUUUCUUUCGUCUAACGACUUUCUUCAUUGGAGGUGCACUCUGUGUUGGAAUUCUCUGUAAUGCACGCAAUCCGUUACUUUUAAAUGCCAUUGCAGAUGGAAAACCAGGUGCUGGUUCGUCUCCUUAUACAAUUGCCAUGUACGAGAUGGGAAUCAAAGUGUUACCAAGUAUUCUCAACGCUAUGUUACUCACCUCGUGCUUUUCGGCAGGUAAUUCUUACACCUUCUGUAGUUCUAGAACCUUGUAUGGAUUGUCACGGCAGGGAAGGGCCCCCCGUGUGUUCAGCUACUGCAACAAGCAGGGUGUUCCUAUCUACUCGGUUCUGUUGUCUCUAGUUUGGGGCUGUUUGGCAUUUCUCCAAUUAAAUGAAAACUCCAAUACCGUACUCAACUGGAUUAUCAACUUGAUUACGGAGUCUCAAUUGAUCAACUAUGCAGUCAUCUUGUUCACAUACUUACAUUUUAGACGAGCCACAAUGGCACAAGGAUUGGAUAGAAGCAGUUUACCAUUUAAGGCAUGGUUACAGCCAUGGGCAUGUUCUAUAACACUUGCCAUAGUAAUUGCUAUGAUAGGAAUCCAAGGGUAUACGGUAUUUUUACCUGGCUGGUGGUCCACAGAGACAUUUUUGUUCUCGUAUUUGAUGGUGUUCGUGGACAUUGCCAUUUAUAUCGGAUGGAAGUUGAUAAAGAGGACAAAAUAUCGAAGAAAUGCUAAAGAAGUUGAUCUAAUGACGGGAUUAGAAGAGGUCGAGAUACAUGAGAAGCUACUAGAAAGACAGAGCUUAAUAUACCACAAGCAUAGUAAGGCUUACUACUUCUUCUCCAAGAUCAAUAAGAUUUUGUUUGGAUCCAAUUAG